UCAUCUAACUAGCAUUUACACAUUUAUAGAAUAUCAACAUGGCCUCCCAAUUCAGUGGAGCACUUCAGCUAACUGACUUAGACGAUUUCAUAACCCCAUCACAGGAAUGCAUAAAGCCAGUCAAAGUGGAAAGAAAAGUAGGCAAAGUUGGGAAAAUAAGGAUAGGUGAUGAUGGAAGUUAUUCAUCAAUCACUGACGAUGGUGUAGAAAUGAAACUGGAGAAAGCGAAGAUAACCCUCAAUGAUUGUCUUGCCUGCAGUGGCUGCAUCACUUCUGCAGAAAGUGUUCUGAUCACACAACAGAGCCAAGAAGAGCUUUUCCGUAUACUUCAGCAGAACAACACACUACAGGAACAGGGCAAGGUCGAAGAUGUGAAGACCAUUGUUGUGUCCGUGUGCCCCCAGGCCAGAGCAUCCUUGGCAGCUAGAUACAAGCUAAAUAUGCAGGAAACUGCUGUAAAACUCACAGGUUUCUUCAAAGGCAUAGGUGUUCACCAUGUGUUUGAUACCUCCUUCUCACGGAACUUCAGCCUGAUUGAAAGCUGCCAUGAGUUUAUAAGACGGUACAAGGAGUCUGAACUGAACAAGAAGGCAGUCCCGAUGUUAGCAUCUGCAUGUCCUGGCUGGAUCUGUUAUGCUGAGAAGACACAUGGCUCCUACAUCCUUCCAUACAUCAGCUCCACCAAGUCACCUCAACAGAUCAUGGGGUCACUGGUCAAAGACUACUUUGCCUCAAUGCAUAACUUGCGCCCAGACAAGAUCUAUCAUGUGACGGUGAUGCCAUGUUUUGAUAAGAAGCUGGAGGCAUCCCGUUCUGACUUCUACAGUGACAUGUAUCAGACCCGCGACGUUGACUGUGUCAUCACGUCAGGGGAGGUGGAGAAGAUGCUGGAGAAGGAAGGAGUAGCACUGUCAGAUGUAGAGGGCCAGCCGAUCGAUACACUGCUCAGCAACAGCCUGGGUGAGGAGCUGGCAAGUCAUCGUGGAGGGGGUUCUGGGGGCUAUCUGGAGAUGGUUGUGAGGCACGCAGCCCGGGAACUUGGCAACGAGGAGCUCCAGCAAGUGGAGUACAAGGUGCUCAGGAAUCAGGACUUUCAAGAAGUAGUGUUACAGGUACCAGACAAGCCACCACUGAAGAUGGCCUUGGCAUAUGGGUUCAGGAACAUUCAGAAUAUUGUACAGAAAGUGAAGAGAGGGAAAUGUCCAUAUCAUUUUGUGGAGAUCAUGGCAUGUCCAUCAGGGUGCACUAAUGGUGGUGGACAGAUCAAACAAGAGGGUGACAAUGCCAAAGAAAGCCUAAACAAAGUCAAUGAACUCUACAACUCAGAAAAGACUAUUGAUCCUUUCUGUGAGGAGAGUGUAAAUAAGCUGUACACAGAAUGGUUGGGCGGUAGGGACACUGAGAAAGCCAGACAUACGUUACAUACCAAGUAUCAUGAGGUGGAGAAAAUGACGAAUGCUUUGGCAAUCAAAUGGUGACAUGACACAGGUUUUGAUUCUGGGCAUUUUAAGUCCUACCAUCAUAUUCUUGUAUGCCUAGUCUUUCAUUUACAUCAGUGCUGUCUAGGGCUGGGACAGGUAACUCGGGCAUUCAGGUUGGCUGAGUCCUGAGUAGGACCCAGGUACACACAGGACUACCCGCACCAUUGGUUAGUCACGUGAUAUAUUGUUUCAUGAAAAUAACAAUAAAACACUAUGGUUAUACUACGAGUUGCUUAUCUUCAGAUUCUUUCUGACUUUCAUCCAAAUCUUCAGUCAAGUUUAGUGUACAUGUAUGAUGAGAUCAUUAUAUAUGUGCAUCUAAAUAGUUUUAGCAAGGGCUGCAGUAAAACAGUUCCCAAUCAGAAUUUUCUUCCCAACUCUUGAGCCCUACAAUUAGUACCCAGGUACGGUCAGAUACCAGGGUACUAAGUUUGGACUUGUCGCAGCCCUAGUGCAGUCUGUCAAAACUUAUAGGCACUGGGGUAUCCUAGUAGCUUUUGUAAAUGGUUGUUGUGUUACGAUGAAGACUUGGGUUUAUCUCAUGGGUAGAAGUUGUGAAGUGGAGUCCAGGUGUUUAUAUAAAUCAAUAUUGCUGCUGUCGUUUCAUGGAUCUGAAGCCAAUUCACUCACUCACUCACAUACCAUCUCUACACACACUUGUUAUUAAUCAGAGUUAUAGCUAUUUAUUGAUGAUUAUGAAGUAUGUAUUUCAUUGUGAAAAUACAGUUUUUACUCAAAUAAGUUUUCAU